UGGGUCGCUCAUUCGCUAAGAGUGGGAAAAGUAAAAGGAAUAGAAAACCAGAGAGCUUUCUUUUUCACUUUAUUAAUUCCAACUUCCAAGCCCAAAGAAUCUCACUUCUAAUGGCAAUACAGGAAUAAAGAAUGUCUGUUCCUCACUGUCUCAGAGGCCAGAACACUAGUGCAGUCACCCACAUAGUUGCUGUCUUGCUUCUUCCUUAGCUGUAAGUCUCUCUCUCUGCCUCUUUUUGUGUCUCUGUGCGUGUUUUCACAUUCUUGUACGAGAAUUCCGUUCUUUUGGUAGUGAUUUAUAUUUCUGCUUGCUCUUGCACCCAACCCAUUUUCCAGUCAUACGAAAAUAUGGGUUUCAUCUUUUCAUCCCUGUAGUAUCCCCAAAUAACACAUUCGCCUCUUUUAGCUCAUGGAGACGAAAUGGGUUUCGGCUUUUUCCCCCGGGAAAACCCUUGGAUUACGCGCACUGCUACUCCUGUUGUGGCUGCUGUUGUGUUCAAACCCUUGCCAGUGUGUUGUUGUUGAUCUUGACCCAGGAGACAAAGCCUCGCUUCUAGCAUUCAAGACAUUGGUCGACCACCCUAACCAGAGCUUGUCCAGCUGGGUCGGGUCUAACUGCACCAGCUGGACCGGGCUCACCUGUGAGAACCGGACCGGCCGGGUGGUUUCGGUCAUCUUGACCAACAUGAACCUGUCAGGCCAACUUCAUCCCAACUUGUGUGCACUUUCAUUUCUUGAGUACUUGAACUUGUCCCACAACAACUUUAGCUGCCCAAUCCCAUCAUGUUUUGGUAAUUUGACUAGUCUCAAAGCCCUUGAUCUUAGUCACAAUAGGUUUCUUGGUGUUGUGCCUGACGCACUCAUGAGGCUAGGAAAUUUGAAAGAACUUGUUUUGAGUGGGAAUCAAGAUUUGGGAGGGCUUUUUCCUGGGUGGCUUGGUAAUUUCUCAACAAAUUUGGAAAAAAUAGACCUUAGUUUCAAUUCUUUUUCUGGGGAAAUUCCUGAGAGCUUGUUGUAUUUGAAAUCUUUAAACCAUUUGGAUCUUGGGAACAAUUACUUAUCAGGUUAUCUUCACGAUUUUCACCAAUCUUUGGUUUUUCUUAACCUUGGGUCUAAUCAGUUUUCGGGUACUUUGCCUUGUCUUUCUGCUUCUGCUCAGUCCCUCAAUAUUUUGAAUAUAGCUAACAAUUCUAUCGUUGGAGGAAUACCCACAUGUAUUGCUUCACUUCGAGCUUUGACACAUCUGAACCUAUCAUUCAAUCACUUAAACUAUGAGAUAUCUCCUAGACUUGUGUUUUCGGAGAAGCUUCUUGUGUUGGAUUUCAGUAACAAUGAUUUGUCGGGUCCUCUACCACGCAAGAUUGCAGAGACGACUGAGAAAUCAGGGCUUGUUCUUCUUGACUUAUCUCACAAUCACUUCUCGAGCGAAGUCCCAUUGAGGAUAACGGAACUGAAAAGCUUGCAGGCAUUGUUUCUUUCACACAAUCUUCUUACAGGGGAAAUUCCUUCAAGGAUUGGAAAUUUGACUUAUCUCCAAGUGAUUGAUCUCUCACACAACUUUUUAUCGGGUUCAAUUCCUUUAAACAUUGUUGGUUGCUUUCAGCUACUUGCAUUGAUACUCAAUAAUAACAAUCUUUCUGGUGAAAUUCAUCCGGAGCUUGAUGCGUUGGAUAGCUUGAAGAUACUAGAUGUUAGCAACAACAUGAUUUCCGGUGAGAUCCCACAAACUUUGGCAGGAUGUAAAUCUCUGGAGUUUGUAGAUUUUAGCUCCAACAAUCUCUCUGGAAUUUUGAAUGAUGCAAUAACCAAAUGGUCAAACAUAAGGUUUCUCUCCUUGGCUCAGAACAAGUUCAAUGGGAAUCUACCCAAUUGGCUCUUUACCUUCGAAGCAAUCCAGACAAUAGAUUUCUCAGGCAAUAAAUUCUCUGGCUUCAUAGCGGAUGGUAACUUCAACAUUAGUUUAAACUUUAACACUGGAGACAUUGGUAGAAUGCCUAAAGAGCCAUUUUUUAUAAUACCGAAUGUGAACAUCAAAGUUUCAGUGGUUGUCUCCGACAGCAAUGAAUCAAGCUUCAAUUACCAUCUAUAUUCAACAGUUGGAAUUGAUUUAUCCAACAAUUUGUUACAUGGAGAGAUUCCAGAGGGUCUAUUUGGGCUACAGGGCUUGGAAUACCUGAAUUUGUCCCACAAUUUUCUUGACGGUCAAGUUCCAGGUUUGGAGAAGAUGCGCAGUUUAAAGGCCUUGGAUUUGUCGCAUAAUUCUUUAUCAGGUCAGGUCCCAGGAAACAUUUCCAGUCUUCAAGAUCUGACACUGUUGAACUUGUCUUAUAAUUGUUUCUCCGGAUUUGUUCCUAAGAAACAAGGGUAUUGGAGGUUUCAAGGUGCAUUUGCUGGAAAUCCAGACUUGUGCGUGGAGAAUUCCAGUGGCAGGUGUGACUCAGCGAGCCUUCCAGCAGCUCCUGGGAAGACUUUUCAGGAUGCAAUGGUGGAAGGGCCAAUUUCUGUAUGGGUGUUCUGUCUAAGCUUUUUUGUUAGUUUCUACUUUGGUGUUGUUGCUCUCUUCUGUUCAGCUCGAACAAGAAAUUACAUUCUCCAUACUAAAGUUUAAUGCAAUGUAUGUGAAAGUCAGAACUUUAUCUUGUAUAUUCUUGUUGCUAGAUCUAUUUUAUUUGCCAAGUUUACUUGUUA